AUGACGGUAAAGACAACUAUUGAGCAACAUGAGCAUGUAAUGUUAGGUCCAGACCCAGUUCCAAUGAACAACAACAUCAACAACAAUAACAACAAUAUAAAUAUUGAUGAUACACCAACUCCGACACCGACACAAUUCAAACGCAAGAAUCUAUUAAUGGAUGAAAAGAUCAAGCGUGUGAUCGAACUGGCUAGCAAGGGACGAGAGGUAGCUCGGUUAUCUGUUGGCAAGGAUAUUGUUUAUAUUGUCGGUCGAUCAGGAUCUGGAAAGACAACUCUAUGUUACUAUCUUACUGGCCACACGUUAAAAGUGAUCAAGCUCCCUCUCAAAGUGAAUGGAGUGCCCACCGGAAUGACAACGGAUGCUGUCGAUGUCGACGGUAUAAAGGAGUCCAACAUUGGUGUGCAUCUAGGUUCCAUGACCAAGUUCAUUAACCUCUACAGCAACAAGGGUGUUAACUUGGCCGACACACCCGGCACCAAUGACACUGAAGGAGAAGCAGUGGAUCUCGCCAGCAACGUCUCCACCACCAACGGCAUCCAAGCUUCAAGGUCAGUGCGACUGGUCCUUGUCCUCUCCCAACAUGACAUUGAAGGAAACAGGGGAGGGGAGUUCAGCGAGCUCCUCGACCACAUGGCCAACAUGGUUCACGACCUGGCCACCAACAUUCAAUCGAUUACUUUUGUCUUCACCAGGACUGAUGCCGAUCAUUCAUUGAGCAGACAGUAUGGCGACAUCCUGAAGGCCAUCAUCAAACAACACAAUCAUGAGAAGGACCAGGACCCCUCCAGUUUGAGAAUGACUCUGAUCGAGCAGAUAUUCAAGGGUGCCCAGGCCAAAUUCAAUCUCAUGGAGAACAAGAUCGAGAGCCCUGAUUCUAAGAUCAUACAUAUCGCCAACCCCCUCGACGCCAACGACCGUGACAAUCUCCUGUCAAUAAUCAUGUCCAAACCGCAAAUCACCGACCCUCAGUCCGUGUUCAGGUACAACAUCUCAACUGCCUCCCAGAACUACAUUGAGAAGACCAUAUACAAGAUUCAGAACACGAUCAAGGAUGCCAUCGAGUCCAAGGACUAUGAAACAUUGAGGGAGGCCCUUGAGGUCCUCGGCCUGCUCAACACCAAUCUUGGACUCAACAUACUUGAUACCUCAUACCGUUCAUCAUUAUCAGACAUCAGAAGACACCACAGCCAGCUCGUACAAUCCACAAAGGACAGUCUGACUGAGAGUUUCAGGCUGGGUGGUAUCUUCGACCCAUUGGCACUCAAGUCACUCACUGACAACAUCAUGAACAUCAUGAUCCAAGUUGGUGAAAAGCUGCCAAACAUUGAGACCCACGAACAAGUGUUGGACUCUCUGGUUCAGAUUGCCACCGAAUGUCAGCUCUCAUUGAAGGACAUCACCGAGUACGGUUCAAUCAAGUCUCAGUUGGGUAAGCUUCAACAUCUAACCGUUCUUGAUACGUGCUUCCUUCCAGUGUUUGAUGCUGCCAAACAAACAAUGUCCGAACGUAUCAGGUCUCUGAAUGAUGAGUUCAAUACCAACCUUUCCAACUUCAAAUGGGAAGACAUUGCCUCCGUCCUGACCGACAUCCAAAACACAAUGAUCAUACAAACAUACGUCACCAACUUGGACAUCAACGACAUGUAUCAAAUGGCAAUCCAGAGGAUUCAAACAACGCUCACCAAUCUUCUUGAUCGCAUCACCACGACUAUCAACGGUGAUUUGCCAAAUGCAAUCGAUAUUGAGGGCAUCAAGAACCAAUGGACAUUCUUGGUUGGGGCAUCUUCAUGCUCUAGACUUGGAGAACAUCUUGGCGUAUCCAUUGCAUCAACAUACAUCAAUCGUGCCAUGGACCAGAUCUCAAACUAUGUCUCAGACAUGCUGAGCACUCUUGAGAAUAGGAACGUCGACUCGGCCAGGCUGUAUUCGUCCUUCCAGAAGACCUCCACGAUCAGAUCGUUUGACUCAAGGAUCAGAGACAUGACCAAUCCCGACUACAAGAAGGCGCUGAAGAUAGUCGAUAAAAAGAUGGAUGACUUGCUUAGAGAACUGAGACAAACAGUUGAUAAGGACAACGCCCGUGCACUGACGACCGUCUCCUCUCAGCUCCGAGAGAUCAACAGGUACUCGCAGUUGGAUGAGUUCCUACCUGAGCCCAAAUGCUUGCCAACCUACUUGGAAGCACUUGAAAUUGUACUCAAUCAGGUGCUGGAGUUGGAUUCGACCAUCAGCGAAGCUAUCCAGGGCAAGGACUUUAAGACGGCGGCUUCACGAAUCAGGAAUCUAUGUAACUUGGUCGAUGAGCUUGGAUUCAAUGAGUCAUCCCGACACAAGGAGGAAUGCGCCCUGUUCGAGAAGAGCACCAACACCAAAGCCAAGAUCAAAGAGUCCAUCGGCCAAGUAUGCACUGUUGACCAGGCUGCCAUGUCAGACUCAAUCCAGAAUGGAAGGUGGGCAAGGUUCAAGCGAGAGUUUGAGACAUUGAACUACUUCAGGACAUGCCAACUCUUUCCAUCUGCAUCGACAACCCUUUCAGCCAUUGAGAAGGAGCUGAAGGACACAUUUGAUGAAUGGGUAACCACCAUAAAGUCCGAUAUGGCAGAGGACAAAUAUGAGAAGGCCUCUAUUCUUGCCAAUCGAAUACAUAAUGCAAGGAGCGUCAAUACCAUCUCCUCCAUCAUUGGCGACGACUCCUUCUUCUCCGAACUGAUUGAUCAUAUCAACAAGGCCAUCGACAACUUCAUCAAUAGGAUGCAGGACUACCUUUCAGUCAACAAUCUGAAAGAAUUUGCCACCGAACGACAAUUACUCAAUCACCUCCAGAGUCUGCCCCAUUCAAAGGCCGACCUCCGCAGCGUCAUCAGUAAGCUCCACAUUGAUUUCAAAUCGACCCAAGACACGAAUGUUGGCAGUGCUGUUCAGUUGCUACAAUCUCGAGACUACGACAACAUCAAAAGCAUUGUUGGCAGCUUCACUCCAGGCACAGCCGUGCAUACAGAAAUCAUCGCCAAGACAAUUGCCAUCUUGAGCAUCGACGAGAGGAACUUGCUCAAGCAAGCCAACAGUCUGGACAUGGCCGUGUCCCAAGACAAUGACUUGAUACAGUAUAGCAACAUGUCAUUGGAGCUAUCAUCAUUCUACAAGGCUGCCAUAUUGGCUGAAGAUCUGACCUCGGGCACCAACAGAUAUGACAUCAUAUCCAAGAUCAAGGGCAUCCAGGACACACUCUGCAAGAGUCUCCAAUCAUUGUGCAAGAAACAGAGAGUUGCCAUCAAUGUCCACAACUUCACCGAGGCAUGCUCAAUCUCCAAUCGAGUCAAAGAAGUCGUCAACAGGAUAUCCGGUCUCUCCAACAAGGAGAUGGACAUUGAGCUUGGCAUGCAACUGACCGAAUCCCAAUCAUUGAUCACUGAUGCCCUUAACGGUCUUGAUGAAACACUAUUUGAGCAGCCUGCUUAUAAGUACAUGAUGAUCCUCGAGGGACUUAGGCUCUGCACCGAUCUAUCGUGUUCCACCAAGUAUACCCAGCUUCAGGGCGCUUACAUAGAGAUGCUCUGCACCAAGGCAGAGCCCAUUCACAAACAGAUUGUCAGUGGAGAUUGCCACGCCGCCGUGACCAGGAUGGAGAAGUUAGAGUCAGAGUACAUGGAAAUGUCCAGGUUCUUCACCAUGCCCAGGUCUAUCAUUGACAACCUCAAGAGGGACUUUGACACAACCGUCACCAAACAAGAGCGUACUCUCCAGAGCUGCAUUGUCGACGGCAACUUUGAUAGAUUGGGAAACAACAAUCUCAAUCAACCAACUAUUGACGCCAUCCGCUCAACAGUCUCAGAGAACUACGUGACCUUGCAUAGGGCUGUCCACGAGAAGCAAUAUGGCAUCGUUGCCAAACAACUCGGUUGGUUCAAUGGGUUGGGCAAGAACAAUGCCAUCAUGACCUUGGUUGGACCAAGGGCCACGCCAGACCUCAGGACACUGGUCGACACAGCAUCCAAGUUGUUUGAGGAGAUUGAUGACAGCAUCAAGAAGAACGCACCAAGCACCGAUCACUUGGAACACUUCACUGGCUUGUAUCUUCACCUGUCGCCAUUUAUCUCUGACUUGAACGUUAUCAACAACUCGUUGGUAAAAUGUUUGUACAACUACAUUGGCACAAUCAACAAGAUCAUUCAAGACACCACCACCAGAAUGAGCAAGGAUAUCCUUGCCAAAGAGACAAGUCAAUGGGAUAGCGUGGCAACAACACUCUCCACACUCAAACAGUACCCUGGCUUCUUCAACAUCACUCGAACAAUGGUGCUCAAGUCCAACCUUUCCCCCGUCCAUGUGCCUCCUACAUACCACGACACUCAUUCCAAGCUUCAGGCCGUCCUCCAGUUGCGCAUCAAGAGCUUCUCUGAUGACAUUGCAAGACAUCAAUACGAGAGAUGUGCAUCAACAAUGAUAUUAUCACGAGACCUCACCUACGCACUCAACUCGCACCCCUUGGUCCCAGAGGAGAGCCUUGUAAACCUAACCAAACUCAUUGACGACCACUCCAAGCAUCUUGUAGCCUCGAGCAAAGUGCAGUGGGACAUCCAAUCCUACACCAACUUUGGAAAGUUGCUCGAUCAAGCCACUUUGUUUGAGAAGCACAUGUCCACAGUCCCCCAGGUCACACUGGCAACAGUUGGAUCAAUCAUUUCAGUUGUCAGGAAGUCAAUCGGAGAGAUGGUGAUGAUGUCACAACAUCUAAGCACUGCUGAACUUCCAAUGAAGUUGAAGGAGAUCAAACUCCUUUCAGACGAGGUGCCCUGUGAUGCAAUCAAAGAGAUGGUGGAUGAGUCAAUUCAUUCAAUCAUUCUCCUCCAUAAGAAGAACCAUGGCAACGAUACAAUCAAUGUCAUUGGCAUUGCACUCACCAAGCUAGGUCGGUUGGGCAAGGAGAUUGUAGACGAGUCCCCGCACUUCAAGUCUCUCAAGUUGGCAAUGUGGAACAAGAAGAUAUCCACUCUCUCCCUCGAUGACACCCUUGCUGACUUUAACGGCAGCGACAUGAACAAAAUCCUCCUCAAGACGAGCUUCCAGUCCUUUGAGAGUCUAUACCAAAGUCUGACCUUCUCGGGUCUGAAGAACAUUGAUGUCGAAGUCAAGAACAUCAUCCACAAUGCCAAGAUGAUUGCAUCAAAUAUAUCACCCGACAUGAAGGCCGAGCAUCGUGAGAAGGUCAUCAAACUUCUGGCACACAUCUUUGCAGUGUGGACGAUCACAAAGUCUGGCGCCCAAUACCUGGAGACUGGUAAAACCACUGAUCUGAUGCAGCCCCACACCAUCCAGGUUCUUAGCAUCAUGCGACUUCUUGGAAUUGACAACGAGAAGGGCUGGUUCACCUCAAGACUAAACUCAUUCAUUGGCGCGUCCGGUCCAUUCAUCAAUCAUCUCAUUGAGAUCAAGACUGGAGAAGGCAAGUCCGUCACUCUGGCCAUACUCUCUCUGGUGCUUGCACUUCUAAAGUUUGACGUCAAGUGUGUCAGCUACAGCAGUUACUUGUCCAAGCGCGACUUCAACGACUUUAUGGAUGUUUUCAUUCUGUUUGGCUGCCAGGACAACAUCUCUUACUCCACCAUUGGCGAUCUGUGUGAAGUCCUGAUCAAGGAGAAUGGUGAUGUGCGCGAUCUUACCGAGUCAUUCCUCAAGAACAAGCUUGACAAACAAUCACCCAAGCCAUCGCCCCGUCCACGCAUCCUUCUCGUCGAUGAGGUGGACAUAUUCUUUGGCGACUCAUUCAUUGGUCGCACAUACAAUCCAUGUGUCACACUCAGGUCGCCCGCCAUCACUGCUCUCUUUAAGUACAUCUAUAAGAACCGUUCCACCAUAACCUUGGCUGCGCUAAUCAAUCAACCAGAAUACACCAAAGUAGUUGGUGAGUUCCCUGGACACGAGGCCAUCAUCUCCUACUCAAUCAAUCAGAUGGUUCAGUUCGUGAACUUCUUCAACCAACCUGUCUACGAGGUCGAUAAAGUCAACCAACGAAUAGGAUACCGCAAACAUGAUGAGAUCUCCUACACCACCGAGUACAUCCACCGAACAAUGUUUGCCUACCUUGCCGAGAAUGAGAAGAAUGUGAUCACUGACAAGACAAUCGAGAACACCAUUGGCAUGAGUGUUGUUUGUGGACAUUUCAGCUACGCCAAGAUCCCAGGCAAGUUUGCAAAGAUUCUUGGUGUCACUGGCACUUUAAAGAGUCUCUCGCAGCCAGUGAAGGAUAUCAUCGAGGGCUUUGACAUUAAGAAGAACACCUACACACCAUCAAUCUUUGGAGCAACCCAACUGCAUCACAAGGAGAUUGAAGAUGUCAUCAUGGAGGACACGGUCGUGUUAUGGCAUCGCAAGAUUCAAGACAGCAUCUUGGCCGUCAUCAAGGCCGACAGAGCCGCCAUUGUCUUCUUUGAGAAUGAGCAACUGUUGACAGCGUUCCAACAAUCAGAAUAUUGCAAAGGAUUCGACAACAUGGCCAUACUUGUGGAAGGUUCAGAUAAGAAGGAUAACAUCAUCAAGAAGGCUGCCACAGCUGGUCGUGUCACCUUGGCCACGAGCUCAUUCGGCAGAGGUGUGGACUAUUUUGUCCGCGAUGACAAAGUGAUUGAAGCUGGUGGAGUCCAUGUGGUGCAGACCUUCCUGUCGGAGGACAUCACCGAGGAGAUCCAGACCAAAGGAAGAGCUGCGCGUCAAGGUCAGAAAGGAUCAUACCAGAUGAUCAUGUGCAAGUCACACCUGAUCAAUAUGGGCAUCAAUGAGGCGGAACUCACGACCAAACAAAAGAGUAAUGCAUUCUACGCCUUCCUCAACAAGUCUAGACAGGACAUACACGAUGCCAAAUGCACCAAGCAGGUUACCAAUGCCAAACGUGCUGACCAGAAGGAUGAUCAAUCCGUCGCAUAUCUAAAGGGACUAUCGAACUACGUGCCUGAGAAGAAGCAGGCGCUGUCCAAACAAUUGGAAGCAAUAAUAAAGGAUUGA